UUAUCUCUAGUUUUCAUUAUUAUUUUUUCCUUUUCUCUGGUUUUUGUCUUCUUGUUUCUUAUUUUAUUGAUUCCUUGCAAGAUUUUCAAAAGAGAGCUGAAGGGGAUGCAAACCAUCCCCCCACCCCCCCUUCCUAUGGCACAAACCGUUUAUUUUCUUUCAAUUAUGAGGUAAUUUGAUUGAUUUUUUGAAUUCCAGGUUUGGUGGUUUCUAAGAAGAAGUUUGCACAUAGUUUUGGGCUGAGAAACAAGAUAAGAUAGCAAGGAAGCAAGCAAAGAGUUAAAAGGUUAAAUAAUCGUUGAGAAUGGCCACCGCUUCAUCGUCGGCAACUUUCUUCGGAAACAGCGCAGAAAAUGAAAACCCGAUGAUAAAACAACAAUCAUCCGCCGCACCUACUUCCUCAACUGCUCCAACCACUGCACCUCACUCUAAGAAAAAGAGAAAUCAACCUGGAACUCCAAAUCCAGAUGUGGAAGUGAUAGCACUAUCUCCCAAGUCUUUAAUGGCAACCAACAGAUUCAUCUGUGAGGUAUGCAACAAAGGGUUUCAGAGGGAGCAGAAUUUACAGCUCCAUAGAAGAGGACACAAUCUGCCAUGGAAGCUAAAGCAGAAGAGCACAAAAGAAGUGAAGAAGAAGGUUUAUCUUUGCCCUGAACCCACAUGCGUCCACCAUGAACCCUCGAGGGCACUUGGGGACCUUACGGGCAUCAAAAAGCAUUACUCGAGAAAACAUGGGGAGAAGAAAUGGAAGUGUGAGAAGUGUUCCAAGAGGUAUGCCGUGCAAUCUGAUUGGAAAGCUCAUUCUAAGACUUGCGGCACUAGGGAGUACAGAUGUGACUGUGGCACUCUCUUCUCAAGACGUGAUAGUUUCAUCACCCAUCGGGCCUUCUGCGAUGCAUUGGCUCAAGAAACUGCAAGGCACCCCACCAAUAACUUAACCCCAAUCGGAAGCCAUCAUAUAUUUGGAGGUAAUCAUCAUCAAAUGAGCUUAGGAUUAUCCCAGAAUCAACCAUUAACGAGCAACAUGUUGCGGUUGGGAAGCGGCACUGGAGUCGCAAAGUUCGAGCACCUCAACAGUCCCCCAUCCAAUCCUUCUUCAUUGCAGAACAUGCCGGCGUUCUUCAUGGGGGAUGCGGCGAACCAAGGUUUUCUCCCAGAACAUCAAUCUCAUCAUGGAAAUGGACCAUACAUAAACAAACCCUUACAUGGUCUUAUGCAACUUCCGGACCUUCAAGGCAAUACUAACAGUACGGCGCCCAAUUCCGCCAGUCUUUUCAAUUUAGGCUUCUUCCCCAGCAACAGUGGUGCAAGCAGCAUAAGUACCGGCGAAAACGGCGGAGCUUCGAAUUCCGGAUUUUUAAGCGGUAAUCAGUUUAACAUGGGUGAUGUGCAGGUUGGUUCGGGGAUGGCCUCUCUUUAUAGCAGUAGUUCAAUGCAACAUGAGAACAUUUCUCCAAACAUGUCGGCAACUGCAUUGCUUCAAAAAGCUGCUCAAAUGGGUUCAACUACAAGCAACAACACUUGCUCAUUGCUACGGGGAUUGGGGAGUUCUUCGUCUAGUGGGGUCAAAUCCGACAGACAAGUUUUUGCCCCUAACAAUUUCGAGAGUGGUGGCAGUCUAAGAUCACAGAUGGAGAAUGAUAGCAAUCUUCAAGGACUAAUGAACUCUCUUGCAAAUGGUAACUCCUCCAUUUUCGGACAAGAUCAUAGCAACUUCGGAGGGUUCACCGGAAAUGGGAUGACAGUGGAACAUCAUAGCAAUAACGCCAACUUUUCCAACGUUGAUGAAGCUAAGUUACAUCAAAAACUUGGGGUAAGAAUCGGGGAGAGUGAUAAAUUAACAUUGGAUUUUCUCGGAGUGGGGGAAAUGGUAGGCAACAUGGGUGGAAAUGGUCAACAUGGGAUCAAUAUCGGGUCUUUGAACCCCGAUGUGAAGUCAUCGGCUCAAGCAACCUCACAACAAUUUGGCUGCCCAAAACUUGUCUAAGAGCCAAGCAAAGCUUUUGUAGGAUUAAUAUGUAGGGGGGAAACUCCUUUUUGUUUUUUUUUUUAAAUUUACAGUUAUGGAUUAGGGUUUUCAUUCCAAAAAGUGUUUUAAAGGUUUCCUUAGCUAAACUCAAUUAUAAGGUACUUUCCCUUUUUUUUUAUAUACAAGGUGUUUUUCUUAA